AUGUACGGAAAAAUCAACUCGGCGCUGGCGCUACUGCUUGCCGGCUCCGCAUUCAUAACACGGUCUGUCGUGGAAAGCAAGCUCGUAUUUGCUCACUAUAUGGUUGGGUCUGUGGAUUCGCAAACCACCCACGCGCAGCAGGAUAUCGACGGUGCUAUCAACGUCGGCUUUGAUGCCUUCGCCCUGAACGUAGGAAGCCCCGGGGCCGACUGGGCGAAGAACACCGUGCAACAGCUAUUCGACUACGCAGGGGACAAGUCGUUCAAGCUCUUCUUCAGCUUCGACUUCUACGGCAACGGGGAUAUCGGCCAACACCAGACUCUGUUCGACCAAUUCAAGGACCAUCCCGCCCACCUCAAGUACGGACCUAACGACCUCCCCGUCGUCUCCUCUUACAGCGGAGGCAGCAUCGGCCCCGACACGUGGAGAAACUUCAAGAACACCAACAACGUCUAUCUCAUUCCCAACCCAGAGGCCGACGGGAACUACUACAACAACCCCACAGCUUUCUUCCAGAGCUGGGGCGAUGCUGUCGACGGCGUGUUCAGCUGGGAGACGGCCUGGCCCGAGACUUCAGAAAAGCCCGCGAAUGUGUCUUCGGAGAGGGACCAGGCGGUUAAGACGGCCGCAGAUGCCGCCGGCAAGGCUUAUGUGAUGGGUCUAUCUUCGCUCCAAUACAAACACUGCUGCGGCGAUUCCUGGUACCGAGGCGGCGAGACCAACUUGCCCGAGCGCAUGGAGCAGAUCCUUUCCGUGUCUCCCGAAUUCACCGAGGUCAUCACUUGGAUCAACCCAACUAACCCACCCCCUCCGUCCCAGAACGACGCCGGCGAGAGCCACUACAUCGGGCCCUGCUGGGCCGAGGGCCUAACCGAAGAAAUUCUACAAUACGGCAACUCGGACACGACGCCGCACUCCGGAUGGCAGCCGAUAAUCGCGUCCUUCGUCGACGCCUUCAAAGCCGGGGCGACGGACGUCGGCGCCAUGAAGCCGCGCAGCGGGGCCUUCGCCGGCGCCCUGUGGUACCGGGGGGUGCUGACGACGUGCAGCGGGGACAAGCCGCGGGGGUCUGGGGCGGCCGUCGACGCGGUGAACUACGCGGUGGUCCUGCCGGCCGACAGCAACGGGCUCAGCGUGCGCGUGUCUAGCGGCGGACAGGUCCUGGCGACGCAGGCGGUGCACGGCGGGCUGAACUACAACUCGGUCGUCGGCAUGACGACGGGCGCGCAGAAGAUCGAGCUUGUCGAUGCUGGCGGGCAGGUUAUCGCUCAGGCGAAUGGUGCUGUGGAUGUAUCCAACGAUGCCGCGAAUGGGUUCUGCAACUAUAACUACUAUGUUGCUGGGUUGCAGUAG